AUGCUGGCAAACCCAGAUGUGUUGAAGGCAGAGAUGGAAGACGUGGGGCGGCGCUUGCGGGCGCUGCGUAAGCGGGCUGCAAGGCGACAGAGUAGGCCCCGUCAGAGGAGUCGCGGCUGGCGAUGCGCUCCAGCCAGCUCCACGUGCAUGGUGGUGUUAGUGUACAGCGGGGGUGUUGCAGAGGUGGUGGCGGAGUUUGCGCAGGGCCGAGGGUGGUGGAAGGGCCGGGGAGCGCUCGCUGGGUCUGCUGACGAGUUGCGGGAAAUAGCAGUGGAGGUUGAGCAAGCGCACGACACGUUGCCCUUGGUGCAGAUAGCGGCGCUCCAUGGCGACCCUGUCAAGGCUGGCUUGGUGUCUGAGCCCCAAAUGCUGGCUAUUAUCCGCUGGUUGGUGGAGCGCUCUCUCUACACCUGGACUGAAGAGCAGAACACAGUGCACGGUGUUGCGCCAUCUCGCGCCCAACUGGUCGAGCGCGCCUUGUCUGCAAUACCUCCUCUGGCCCCAGACGCAUGGCGACAGAAGGUUCACGCCCGCAUAGGUGCCAGUCAACGCAGCCAACGGAGAUGGUUGGCGAAGUUCAGGGUGCGAUGGGGGCUGCGCUUGGGAAAAGGCGGCGCCGCAGCUACCGCAUAUUCUGUGGCCCGAGAAGCAAGUCCAAGGAGUGGUCUGGCGGGCACUGUCCUGAAGGUUCCUGCGGGCAAGCCCAUCUUGGGCGACCCCUCGUCUCUGGGCGAGAGACGCAGCCACAUCACGUAUUUGGCCAGCAUCACUCACGACGCAGAAGUGCAACUCCGCCUCCCGCAAGUUCUCAUCGGCAAUGAGCGUCAAUUUUCUGCGGCCAUGAUGAGAAGCUUGCCGACAUUGCCGGCGAAUGUUCAGGACGCGUGGCGCCGGGGUAAAGCCGCGUCUGAAGCUGGUUCCAUCAGCACGGUGCAGUGGCUCGAGAUUCUGGUCGCUGGCAUACAAGCGGUGUUGCCCGCCACCGACUGGGACGAAGCUUUUGCAGCGGUGGGAGCAGUGGCAGAGCAGUCUCGCUUGGGCCGAAGACUUUGUGAUGCGCUGGAGUGGCAACAAGUUCCGACAGUGCCGGACGGCCUACCCUCUGUUGAAGCCGCGAGAAUGAUCUUCCCGAAGAACAUGAAGGUGAACCUUGAGGCCCUCCUGCACCAGGAGAUGGAGACUUUGAAGCAGCGUCGUGCUGCUUUGAAGCGCCAGUCUAAGGAGGCUGCCAAAGACCAAAAGCUCCUCGCUGCCAAGCGCCAGCGCUUGCUCAAGGCUGCCAAGGGGCUUUCCGCGGCUGACCUCGAGCUCUUGCUCCAGCGCGCCCAAGAGG